CUUCAAAUGAGAUUUAUUUUGAUAUUCUGGAUACAAUGAGAUGCCUGCGGAAGAGAUCAGCAGUGUCAUUUUUAGGAGUUCUUGUUGUUUGCCUGCUCUUCAUGAACUUGUACAUUGAAGAUGGAUAUGUCCUGGAAGGAGACAAGCAAUUCCUCAGAGAAACAGCCACCCAUCAACUGAACUCAGAACGCUAUGUUCAUUCUUUUAAAGAUAUGUCCAAUUUCUCGGGAUCAAUAAAUGUAUCUUAUCGUUAUUUGGCUGGCACACCUUUACCAAGAAAGAGAUUUCUUACAAUUGGACUGUCGUCAGUGAAAAGAAAGAAAGGAAAUUAUUUGUUGGAGACGAUCAAGUCUAUAUUUGAGCAGUCCAGUUACGAGGAACUGAAGGAGAUUUCAGUAGUUGUGCAUCUGGCAGAUUUCGACUCUUUCUGGUGUGAAGGCAUGGUGCAGGAUAUUUCCCAGAAGUUCGCCCAUCAUAUCAUUGCUGGCCGGUUAAUGGUGAUCCACGCUCCUGAGGAAUAUUACCCAAUCCUGGAUGGCCUUAAAAGAAAUUACAACGAUCCAGAAGACAGGGUCAGGUUCCGUUCUAAGCAAAAUGUAGAUUAUGCUUUUCUACUCAAUUUUUGUGCCAACAUUUCCGAUUAUUACGUCAUGCUGGAAGAUGAUGUCCGAUGCUCGAAAAAUUUCUUGACUGCUAUUAAGAAAGUGGUUGCCUCACGAGAAGGAUCUUACUGGGUAACCCUUGAAUUUUCCAAGCUUGGCUACAUUGGAAAAUUAUAUCAUUCCCAUGAUCUCCCACGCUUGGCACAUUUUUUGCUGAUGUUUUACCAGGAAAUGCCUUGUGAUUGGCUGCUGAUUCAUUUCCGUGGUUUGUUAGCCCAAAAAGAUGUCAUACGCUUUAGGCCAUCUCUAUUUCAACACAUGGGAUAUUACUCAUCUUAUAAAGGAGCUGAGAACAAGCUAAAGGACGAUGACUUUGAAGAAGAUUCUUUUGAUAUCCCCGAUAACCCACCGGCAAGUUUAUACACCAACAUGAAUGUAUUUGAAAAUUAUGAGGCAAGCAAGGCCUAUAGCAGCAUUGAUGAAUACUUUUGGGGUAAAGCACCUUCAACAGGAGAUUUUUUCUUGAUUGUGUUUGAAAAGCCCAUCAAGAUCACAAAAAUCAAAGUGAACACUGGAACAGAAGAUCGACAAAAUGAUAUCUUGCACCAGGGCGCCCUGGAUGUUGGAGAGCAGGUCAUUGGGAGCAGGAAAGGAAAACAGUGUACAACUUAUUUAAGACUAGGGGAAUUCAGAGAUGGAAACUUCGAAGUUUCAGAAGUGGAGCACAAAGUUCUAUUUGAUAUUAAUUGCAUGAGAAUACUUGUUACCAAAACACAGAAGGAAUGGCUGAUCAUUCGAAGUAUUAGUAUUUGGACUUCUCAGCCACCAAAUCAAUAAUUCGAAACAACUGAAGUCAGUCUUCCUUCCUGAUAGGAAAGUAAUUACCGUCAGUUGGUUCCUCAACAGGUGUUCUUCCCUACGGGAUGACUUAACUUUGCCUAACAUGGAAAUUGGGGGAAUUGUAAAACAAGCAAAAGCAAUUUAUUUUUUACUAGUUCAACCAGGCAAUCUAUGAACACUAGGUGAUUGGUAUAUUUUUAAUUUUAUAGUAAAUACUGGUUUCCA